AAAUCUGACUGAUAUCUGCAAGUUAUUACUUCCUUUUUAAAAAGCCCAUUUACGUAGACAAUACAUAAAAACACGAGCUUAGAUCAUGAAAUCGAAUCGCACGUUAUUUUUCAAACGGAAAACUAGUUGCCAAACAUCGGUUGUGUGCCAACUAAUACGUGGCUCAAAUCGCGUAAAUAUAUUUCAGUUUCAAACCUCUGUUAAUUAUGUUAAUUUUGCACUAGCAUACAUCGAUUAUUGAUAUUGUUGAUACGUAUAUUGUCUUGCAGAAUACAUAGCAUGACAUUUUCCUGACGUAUUUACUCUUUCUUUUUAAUUUCCAUUUUCUGCUUGACAUAAAGCACACACAUUGUUUUCAACUGAAGGAAAAUCAUUCUCCGAACAUCUGGUUACUUGAACUUUUGUGUCGAUAUAAUUUAACCCACCCCAAAAUUAUAUGAAGGAAAUAGAAAAGAAAAGCGGUAUAUUUGUGCGCGUUUCGAGCACCCUUAAAUUAUUUAUGUUUAUAAGCCAUGUCUCUGCUGUACUAGACAUUUUUGUUGCAUAAGCUAUGAAAGGGGGAAAAUUCCUCCUUAAAAAUUAAUUUUGCAGAUUUUAUUAUCGACCCCAACAACACCAAAGGUUGCUCUAGCUAAGUAAUCAUUUGACGCAGUUCUCCAGCUAAGCAAGUAAUAGGAUGUCAAAUGGCCAUCUUUUUCGUCGUUCGCUCACUUUUCCGAUCGUUCUUUACAGAGAAAGUAGCAUUUCUCAUGAAACAGAUUCGAUUUUUUUUUUCUGAUGAAAGAUGAGUGAGAUUUCAGCCUGGAACUAAAUUCUGCAGUGCUAUGUUCGAGCAGCAUUAUUUCAACAAGGAAGACUGGAAGAUUUACCACAUCACUUUCUAUUGCAUUUCUUGGGUGGUAACUUCGAAGUAAAACCGGUUGAUUUACUCGUCAAGUAUGAGUAACUUCGCAUGUAAUAAUGCAACACAACUCACUUCAUACUGCUGCAAACCGUUUCAAAGCGACACGAACGCAAUCAAAGGAGUUAAAAUACUAUGUUAUUGCGUUCUUCUAUUGAUGUCAGUGAUUGGAAACACGUUGCUCGUUGCCAUCAUUAAGACGAAUAAACGAUUGCAGACCAUUACGAAUUAUCUCAUCGCCAAUGUGGCUGCCUCAGACAUUAUUAAUACACUAUUGGUUGUUCCGCGACAAAUAACAGAAAUAUUGCUUGGUCCACGCUCAUGGCUGGUGAGUGGAUUGUUGGGCUCCAUUCUCUGUAAAAGCGUUUCCUUUUUACAAGACAUCACAACUGCUGUCUCAAUUAUAAGUCUCGUGGUCAUCACCACUGACAGGUACAGAGGAAUUGUAUUUCCUUUCCAAAAGCAACUUAUGGGUCCUGCUAAGCUCUGUAAAGUUAUCAUUCCGUUGAUAUGGAUCGUAUCUAUGCCUUUUCACCUAGUGUACUUCGAUAUUUUCCACACUGAAACAAACAAUGGAGAAACAACCUGCCGGCCACUCUGGAGUCCAGAGUCUCAAAAAACAAGUUUUACAGUAAUAUUUGUUUGUUUAAUAGUUGUUCCAGCGUGCGUCAUUACAUUUCUUUAUUUGCGGAUUAUCCAUAAUCUGAAAAGAAACAGAGCUGCUCUGAGCCAAGGGCCCCUACGGAAACGACUGAAAGAAGACGUUAAAGUCGUGAGGAAUAUCAUUGCAAUACUUGUUGUUUUCGUGGCUUGCAUGACUCCAAUUAGUAUCUAUGGAAUGCUGGUCAUGUUCGUUUGGGAUAAGAAAGUGCCUUGUGGCAUUGAAAACUACGGUUUUGCUGCCCACUUUAUUCUUUAUACAAACGCGUCGGUCAAUCCAUGGAUAUAUUUUGUAUUGAACGAUAAAUACCGUCGUUGUUUCGGAAACAUUUUAAGGAAACUUCAUAUCGUCAGAAAGGAGAAAAAGUCUGGAGGAGGAUCACCACUCGCACUAGAAAUGUCAGGUUUUCGACCAACUGCUUAAUUACAUCUUAUUAAAUGGUCCGUUUGCUUCCAAGUUUUUAGAAGACGUUGAAAAGCGAGGCACGGCAGCCCAAAGCAAGUUCAGAGGAUAAAAUACUUUUGAUACCGUUUUGGUAUCAGGUUGCCAAGAGAGGCGCUAUUGACGAGUUAUUGUCAGUUGGAAUUGUAGCACGAAGCAACCGAGUUCGUUGUAUUAUAUUAAUUGCUGGUUAUUAAAUGUUCUUUAUCAGA